AUGUCGGAUACUGAAGAUGAUCAGAGUUCUGGGGGAAAUAUAUUUCUUUCUUUGGUACGGCGUGUUACUAGGAAACCGCUCUACCCGUUUCCAGUGCAAUGGGGUCAUGAUGGCUAUCAGAUCUUCAAAACAUUGAGCAGAAUCUUGCGCAAUGCGACCGCCGAGGAAUUUGAUUUGUUCAUAUCAGACUUCAUUAAGUUUGCUAAAACUACUCAUUUACCCCAAGAGAUCCCGUUCUUCAACGAAUUCACUCACGUUUGCACCAGUACUAUUCUGUUCUGGAUGGUUGCGCGCAGGGAAAACGCGAGCACCGUUAGAAGGCUGAUGGAGAGGACAUCUGUAUAUUUGCAGGACCAAACCUAUAAUUUGACCAUUGCACAAAGGUUCACCCCUAUCUACGGCCCAGGCACUCUGAGUGGUUUGACCCCAGUCAUGUUUUUGGCUCAGUAUCAGCAGAGUGACGUUCUCAAAGUCCUGCUGCAGUAUGGAAUGUUAGAGCGUGAGAGAAGACCUUCCUUCAUCAUCGUCUGUAUCCUCUUCAGCUUUCGCCGUUUGAGGGAGCAUGAUGCAUUAAACUACACAGCCAUUAUCCAAGACGUCCAUGAGUGCCUGACCCUUUGUUUCAGGGUGCUCACCUACAUCUCCAUAACAGAUAUUGAGAUGCAGAUCAUAUAUGGCCAGACACCCCUGAUUAAGGACUGGAGAGACCAUAUUCCAGUGAGCCGGUACUUGGAGCCAUGCGAGUUAACUCACCUCUGCAGAACGACGCUGCGACGGCGCCUGCUGAUUAGGGGCUGUCUGCCUGAUGGCAUUAAGCGGUUGCCUCUGCCCACACGUCUGCAGGACUACCUAAACUUGGAAUACUGA